AUGGCGAGCAUUGGAAACCUCCAGCGUAUCACUGCUGAUAAGCUUUCCACCAUUCUUUUGGCAGAGCAGGCUGCGGCCAACCCCUCAGUGGCUGUGGUCGACGUUCGCGACGAUGAUUAUCUUGGCGGUCACAUCAAGGGCUGCAUCAACAUGCCAUCCCGCAGCCUCGAAGCCAUGAUGCCCACACUCAUGCGCCGCCUGGAAGGCAAGAAGACCGUCGUCUUCCACUGCGCCCUCUCCCAGCAGCGUGGGCCCAGCGCGGCUCUACGGUACCUUCGAGAACGCGAACGGAUACUAGCCUCCAAAAAGUCCUCUGACUCAACUGAGGAGACAGCAAACACGGAACCACAGACCGUCUACGUUCUGGACCGUGGCUUCGUCGGUUGGCAGGAAGUGUAUGGCGAGGACGAGCGUUUGACCGAGGGAUAUAGCAAGGAACUCUGGAAGGAUGGAUAUUGGAUGUGA